GUCGGACGGUGUUUCUGCUCGCAGACCGGAAACGGAGCCAAUAAGCGAGUGAACAGCGUCCGACGCCUCGCUGAAGGUCUGAAGCGAAACGCGUCUCGGCUCCACGGACAUGUCCACCGGGGGGGUCCUGAGGGGCGUCGUCGCGCGCAGACUCGCCGCCGCCUCGCGGGAGAUCCUCGCGCUCGUGGACCGAAUCGUGGCCGCAUACGAGGAGGAGGCGUCGGGCUUCAGGCGGGAGAUCGACCGGCAGGAGAAGCAGCUGGAGCUCCUGCGGGGAGGAGCGGAUGUGAGGAGCAGUGGGGGGCCUCCUGAGGAAGAAGAGGAGGAAGAGGAGAAGGAUGAAGAGGAGGAGCAGCCAGAGAACCUUGAAGACUCUACAGACGAAGCUCCAUCAAGUUCCAGAGGGCAGAAGCCCGGCAGACCUCAGGACCACCUGGACCUCAGGAUCCGGAUCCUGGAGGACUCUCGGGCCGACGUGCUCUCGACCGGCGCGCUGAAGAGGUGUCCCGCGCUGAGGCUGCGGUGUCCCCGGGGCCUGCGGGAGCCGGACUUCCUGGACCUGCUCCGGUCCUCCUUCCCUCAGCAAUGCGGAGGCGCCGGGCGCUUCGAGGUGCUGACGUCGGACCGGCGCCGGCGGCUGAGGCCUCUGAGGGUGACGGCGCUGACGGCCGAGGAGAUCAACAGGAGCGCCGGGGGCUCGGGGGGGAAGUCCACGCUCUACAUCCGCCUCAAGACAAAGACGGAGCCUCAGACCGGCGAGAAGGAGGCGGAUCCUCCGCAGGCCCAAGACGCAGCCGGACUUCAGACCAGCAGCCUGGUUCAGGAGGUCCAGGGUAGCGAAGAGGACGCCUCCCUCAGCUCCGUGUCACAUCAUCCAGACGUAGAGACCGAGGAAGCUGAUGUUGAGGGCGGUCCGACGGCAGAGCCAGCAGGGAGUAAAGGACGCAAUGACGAUGGAGAGGAAGGAGGAGGAGUUGAAGAAGAAGAAGAAGAAGCCAAUCACAGCGGCGAGGACUCGAAACCAGACGGCAGCGGCCUUGCGCUCCAGCCGGAGACGACCACGAGACGAAAAGCCAGACGUUCUGGUGCAGAGAAGACGAAGAGCGCUGCGUCCUGCACAGUCUGCGGCGCUGCGGACCGAUUGGAGGAGAAACAGCACGAUUGCAGCGUCUGCCGCGCCGCCUUUGCGCAGGAGGCGUCCCCGGAGGACCGCCGGAGACUCAAAAAGGCGGGAAAACCGGACAAAUGUCCACAAACCCGCCGCAAGGCGCUAAAGAGACAGCUGGAGGCCAGCGCCGACGAGAAGGCGCACCUGUGCGGCGUGUGCGGCAAAUCCCUCAGCGACUACAGGUCGCUGGCCCGCCACAAGAUGACGCACUCCGGGGAGAGACCCCACGGCUGUCAGACCUGCGGCAGGCGGUUCAAGCUGCCCGGGACGCUGAGGCAGCACGAGAAGAUCCACGCGGCGCGCGAGCGCUCGCACCUCUGCGACGUCUGCUGCAAGAUGUUCCUGACGGCCAAGCAGCUGCAGAUCCACCUGCGCACGCACAGCGAGGAGAAGCCCUACCGCUGCGGCGAGUGCGGCCGCGGCUUCACCACCAAGGGGCCGCUGACCAUCCACAUGCGCGUCCACACCGGCGAGGCGCCGUACCGCUGCCCCGACUGCGGCUGGGCCUUCAAGCGCAAGAUCAACCUGGACAACCACGUGACCAUCCACUCGGGCCUCAAGCCCUUCGUCUGCGGCAUCUGCGGGAAGGCGUGCGCCCGCAAGUCCUACCUGACGGUGCACAUGAGGACGCACAACGGGGAGAGACCGUACAAGUGUUUGCUGUGCGACAAGGCCUUCACGCAGAGCCACUGCCUGAAGACGCACAUGAAGAGCCACGAGGGGGCGACCUGACGCCGCCCUCGUGGAACGUCCUCCUCCUCCUGCUGCAAUGUGAACUUCCUUUCAAAUGUGUUGUGGUGAUUUGAACCGUAGUGUGUAGCGAGCUAAAAAAAUAAAGGACUUGUUAUUGUU